AUGCACAAUUCGUCACCAAGGACCUCCAAACUACGAGAGAUCUUUCGAUCACAGUCCUUGCAAAGACGCAGACGAUUAAAAAAGAGCAAAGAACCGACUCCCGAAGUUAUUCCUUCCUUUGACAUUACAUUUCCCAGUGUGCCUACGGUCUGUGUAGAAUACGAUUCUGAGGGUGACGAAGGAGUACUAUAUCAUGUCCGAAGUUUCAAGAGAACAGCUAAAGGUGUUAUCAGUUUGGUAAGCCACAACUUAUUAAAGAUUGCGAAAACUAAUGAGGGUAUUUCGUGUUCAUUGCUUCUUAUACUUUAACAAGCUCAACUGAUCGUGCAACAGACGCUUUUCGUGAAAGUUCCUUAAAGCGGUCAUUAGCCCCAGUUUUAAAGAGUUGAACAUAUUUGGACACCAAAAAUGCUUCAAUUAGGUAAAGGAAAUGCAGGAAUAAUGUAAGUAAGAGCAAAAGCUCUUCUUAUUAUUAUUCUGGAAAAAUGUUUUUGUAAACUGGAGGGAAAAUAAUGAUAUAACGAACAACUUUAUUGUCACUAGACACUAACCGCACACUAUGGAUUUUUAACGAACUGUCCUCUGCUUGAUCAAAAAUAAAAUUUGAAUGCUUUUACCCAGGUAAUCUAAAGGACAGCAGUUUUUUGAUUAAUGAUCAAACAGCAAUACAAAUUUCGUCACUCUUGAUGUCGAAACAAAACUUUUUGACGUCAAUCUCCGUAAAGGUACAAUUGUUCUUCACUUCGUGGAACUUUCCUUUUAAAUAUUCAUGUCUAAGUCUGCAGCGUCUAGGGUGUAAAAAGCCGAAUUACUUAGGACAUACCGACUUUAACGUUCAAUACAAAUACGCUGGUACAGAUUUUUAUUUACUUCAAUUUAGGAAGAAGAAUCCGACACCGGGCAUACUAGGGGACCCAAUCCCUCGAUCGCUUUUUAUAACCCACCUGCAGAUAAUUCCGUAAAUGGCCGUUUUGAUUCUUGGAAAAAUGCAUGUUGCGGAUGGGCAAUGGGGUUUACGUCGGCCUGGUAGCCAGUGGGAGCAGUUCAAUAAAAUGAACGUUGUGCGUGUAAUUAUGAAAAUUUAAAUACUUGCACGCCAUAAGCAUUGCUGGGUCUUCACGUCAAAGCACUUGUUUCAAAAACGGCAUUUCGUCCGGUUGUCUGAAAUAAUUCGAUUGACUUAUUUUAUGCUCAAAGGCAACAUUGUACUGACAAAACCUUUAUUCACAGAUAUUUAGGCAGAUUUGAAUAUCCAUGAAUUCGUGAGCCUGGUGGCCAUUUGGUGGAUUCCAGGUGAAUUACUUAGGAAGUCCUGUUUGGGCAGUCAAAUUACUGCAUCAGAUUUGAUGGAUUUCAGACGUUGCAGUAGGUUGGGCGGGUAACUUGACCCAAAUGUGAUAAAACUCGCGUCGUCCGUCGGGGCCUCGUAGUUCAAGUGGUUAGAGCGUUGGCGGUACUAAAGACUUCCUCUUACUGCGCGAGUUCAAAUCGCACCGAGGCGCCGAGGUUUUCACAGUUGGGUCAAUAUGAAAACUGUUAUUCUUGGAUGGAACACAUUAACUUCAAAAUGUACUUCAGUCACGUUUUACUGCUUGUGGCCUCAAAUGACAGCGGACAACAGUUUAAAAGUAAUUUUUCUAAUCGACAGAUUACCAUAGUUUUUGAUAAAAUGCCAGUGUACAUCAACCAUGAGUAAGGGAGAGGUUGAAGUUAGCUAUUCAAACAUAAGGGCACUUUGCAUUUUUACAAUGAAGUGAAAGUGGGCAUCGUUACUGGUUCUACUAGCUCUCAGCUUAUAGAUGUAAGUGUGCACAGUGUGUUUCGGCAUCAACUUCAACAUAAGUAUCUAUAAAGAAUCGUUUACAAGUUUCUUAGUUGUUUCUGAAACUAAUUUUGUGUAGACCGUUAAGGGGAAAUAAUAAAAUGGUCAUGGUUUACUUAAUAACAUCAUAUUUUACUUUGAACCAACCGUGAAAAACUCGGUGCCUCGGUAGGAUUCGAACUCGCGACAGCAGGUGGAGGCUUUAGUACAGCCAAGGCUCUAACCACUUGAGCUACAAGUCCCCACCGCAUGAAGCGAGUGAGAACCGUUCUGUUUGCAUAAGGAAAGUGCACAUGAAAUUGAUUAGUUGAUUCUUCACUCUGUAUAUUUUGUGAGAAAGCCGCGUAAUUUUUAUAAAUAGUAAAUCAGACGAACUAGUAUUUCGGAAAUUUUACAGUACUCGCUGACAAUUUGCCAAGAUCGGUGUAAUGUCAAAGUGCUAGUGCUGGUUACAAUUUCUGAUUAAAUUAUAUCACAACUUUGCAGUCCUUUCGCUGGGCACAGAGAAUUUAAACACAAUAUAAGGACAUUACAAGAGUGACUCUUCACUUUGUUCAUUCCACAUAGGCAAUUUCAUGCAUAUCAGGCGAUGCCAUAGACGUUCGCUCUGCUACUUUUUACUCAGCAAUACUAAGCCCUGAGCCAAACGUUUACUGAUGAACAACGUUUCGGGGCUUCUUUUGAGUUUUGUCAGCCUUGUCAAGUUACGAGCAUGCAAAGUUACAAUUCCUAUCCUCUAUAAAAGCAUGCGCAGUGUCAGUAACUAGCAUAAGAAAUACAGUUUUAAGCCGAUCAUUGUGGGACAAGGUUCUCAUCGAAAAUAUUUCGUUUCAAUAGAUUUUUACUACUGAACAACUGGCAGAGGGUGGUGGAUAAGUAUUACCUAUUUGCCGGGAUGACCUAGCAACGAAAAUAUUUUGUGCCAAAUAACUAAAAGUAUCCCAAAAAUUAUCAAAAAAAUUGCUUUUUUCCCAUAGAGGACCAUCUGCGUUUGUCAAAAACGCAAACGCACUGCUGUUGGGGCCAUUAUUUGGGUAGGUUAUCGAACCCUCAUAAAAACCAACACGCAACGCAGACAUCAAUGCACAAACGUUUCUCAAUGCUUUAUAGUCAACUGCCUAAAAGGCAAAGAUACCCGCUAUUUGGCUGGGAAAAUGCCACAUCUUAUUUGUUAAUAAUCUGCAUAUUUUCGUUGUCCAUCAAGAGAUUAACAUAAAAUUGCGUUACAUAUCUUAAGUAAAGUAAACUAAAGCAGUAUAUAAAACGCUCAACUCUGGGCCGAUGAGUUAUGCAAAGGCUGCAAACCUUCAUGACUAGACUAGAGUUUUCACAAUGUUAUGAGCUAAAUGAUUCCUUAACUUGAAGUAUUUAGCGCCCGCCCCGAGUGUUUUGUCAUUAAAACAAUUAGUAGACUAUCUGCUCUGCAUUCACUUGGCAGUAGGGCGAAAAGGUAUGCAAAUGGGUGCUUUUAUUUCCAUAUUCCGACGAUCCCUAUUAGCAUUACUUUAAAUGCAAUUGAAUUAUCAAUUUUUACAUGUACCAGCACUGAAAAAUGCAAAAGCACUCACCUUUAAAAUAUAUUUAUAGCAAAUACUGUAUUUAAAAUGUUUUUGUUUUCGAUUGCAUCUUCUAAGGCCUCCACUAAAACCUUAGUUAUCGGUAAUAUCUGAAAGAGUGUAAGCAUUUAUAAUGUAAUGUCAAAAUCGAAGUCUUCAUUUUUGUGUUAUGGUAAGUUCGAUCCUUUGCCGAAAGUUAACCUGGGACGUGUGGAUUAAUAUGUAUGUGGGUUCCGCUUUCACAUUAAUGUAGAAUUCAUAACUGUCAGCGUCUUAUAUGCGCGUAAAGAGGUGUUUCGUAGAACUCAAAAUAGUGACAGUCUAGCGCUACACUGAAUCGUCUAAUUUACUAACAAUGUGAAUGUCAACUUAAUCGAAAAUAUUCCGAGGGCUCGCAGCUUGUGUAGCACCGGAUCGUAAUUGAAAGGUAAUAGAGUUAAUUAGAAGAUUAGUGGUCUAGAUAAAAUAUUUCUUUUUCGCUAAUUGGCCAUAUUCACCAACCCAAUUGCCCAUAUUGAUUGGUAUAAAAUUUAAAGGGCACUCUAAUGGUGUCCCACUAAUAGAGCAAAUGCUGUCUGCAAUCCUCAAAUAUGUCUUGCCAACUUACAAAAUGCGUAAGUCUGGCUGAUAACCGGACAACUCCUAACAGGCAGCUCUUGCCAGAUGUGAUGUCCGACGAACAGUUGUAGUGGUUAACUGUCUUGGUGUCAUCAGCAAAAAUCUUUGUCCCUCGUAAGGUGUCUGUUAAAGAAAGUACUGCCAGUCCGAUUAAAUUCUAGUGAAUUAGACGUUCUCACCUGUGGUUUGGCUUCCAAUAUUAUGCCUGAUUUACCAAACCUGCAUUAAAAUACUCAAACUUCACACAUGUUUAAAAGAUAUCAAACUCUAGCACAAUACUCGUAAUUCUGUUAAACGCAGUCGAUCGAACUGUCGGAAAACUUUCUAUGGAGUUAGAUUCACUAAUUAAGGAGGACUCCGCGUUGGUUAUUGUCUGAAAGCGAAGGGCUCGGUUGGUCGAGCCACAAGGGCACUUUGACGAUGCGGCAAAACAAUGGUUCUUAACAGACACGAAAAAUGUUUCAUUCUCUUCAAAUAUCUGAAAGAGUGAACACGGUUUUUGACGUUCUGCUAGUCAGAAGUUAUUAUUUUUAACAUUUUUAAAAGCAUCAUAUGCUUGUAUUCAUGGCCAUUAACAUUGCGGUUGCGGACUUUUAAAAGUUACUUGAAUCCAUAUUGUGUCUUUUUUUAUUCUUAUGGAUGCCAUUCUCCAGGGGCAGCACAUUCGCCCACUGAUCUAACAUCAAAGCAUAAUAUGAGUAUUCCUAUGCUACAGAAAGUGCAGGUUUGAGAGAAAUCAACUAAAACCGCACCAGAUAAAUAAAUGAGCGAAUUCGAAACUCAUUGACCGCCGGAAGAAAGUUCACGAAACUCAUUCGUUUUAUGGGGUAAUCUCAUGCUGGCAACAUAGGCCUCAUUGCUCUGAGCGCCUUUCACCUGCGUGCAAACGUCUAAAUCCCCAACAAAAAGUGUAAUUUUGCUGAGGAUUAGAAGUCAAAAACACCGGACAAUUAUUUGCAUCCCAAAGGUACACUGAAACGCCCCAGAAAACGAGAUUUUAUUGACGGCACCAUUCGUAAUCAUUAGAGUUUAUCAUUAGUACAUUCACUUUAAUAUACGCGCAGAUAGAGUAUUAGCGACGUUAUUGAGGUACAUGUGUUGGUAAUUUUUAAUGGUUAAGUGACUCUCAUUCUGUAAUCCCUAAACAAUAAAUGGCGAGAUCUAAUUUCCUAGUCGCACUUGUUGGGGAUUAGGAGUCAGGAGUUAGGGUUCAGGGUUAGAGGUUAGGUAGGGGCUCGUCUACUGCAGGUACGGCUACGAAAUAGGAUCCGACCCAAUAAAUGUUCUUCUUAUUCACAUCGGACAUCCCAUGUGAAACUUGGCUCUACCAUAUACUUCACGCCAUUUUCAGGGAGACACUUAUCGUGCACGAAGCACUUCAAACUGCGCGUAUCAGUAUCUGCCCAACUCACCAGCGGACUACAGCGUUGAACUUUUCUCUACCUCUCAAACUCCGGAACUUAGUGCCUUUGCCUCACCGCAGAAGGCAGCAUGCAAUUCAUUUGCGAUUCAUCCUGCCUUCAGUGAGACCAUCUUGCAACUGCCAGAACAACAGCCGUCCACGUCGUCGAAGACGGACGACAGACGUGCGACUGACUGUCUCCUACCAGUCCACAAACUCGCCUUACCGCGUCCUUCGGCACCAGGUGUUAUAACACCGACGUAUGCAGCUUCACGCGCACCAUCGCCUCCAGUUAAGGUGCAAAUUCUGGGCGGACCAACAGUGGGAAAGACCACAUUGUGCAGGCAAUUUCUCACCUCGGAAUUUAUGGGGGCGAAAACCGAAUCAUGUGGGUGCAGACUCCUGCCUGUUUGCAUAGUCAUGUACAUUUUUACUGCUUAUUUGAGGAAAGUAGAUUAGGUAAAGACAGUGUCUUUCAAUAAACUAGCACACUGUAAUCAUAGUUAGAACGCCAAAACCAACUACAUUCUCCGCUGCACUGCGAGGUGAGUGCACUGGUGACGAGGGUAAAUUCAUUUGCAUUGAAACAUGCCCAUUCUGCGCAUACAGUUUAUUCUUUUCCUGCCCGUAUGGAGUUCCGACGAGACGGCCAACGGAAGACAGCUGACAGGGAGUGCAGAUGCAACACAUACCAGAUAAACCUGGCCCUUUAUUUCAAGUAACGAACUUCAAAAAUGGGUCUUUGAUACCGCACCGGUGAAAGUGUGUCUGGAUAUAAGGUAGUCGUCCAGCAGCAAACGUGGACUUGUCGCUCUAUUUACGAAGCCUAUUGCAAGUAUAUAGUGAGGCUCCUAGGUAGUGACUCCAUCCUGGAUCGAUUUCACUUUCUUAUCCCUCUUCCGGAUGGCAGUGGCCUGUUCAAUAGUAACUCACUAGGAAUGAGACUGAGCACAAUAUGCUCUUCAACUUGCUACGAUUGCCUAAUGCAUGCCUCAUAAGAAUAUGAGUUUCUUGCGAGUAAACUGAACCCCAAGGGAUAUAUAAGGUGGAAACCGAGUUAUGCCGUCGCCUGACAAACUUCCACGCUAUGAGUUAGAACGUGUCAUGCAAAGUUCAGUUAUUUCAUCAUUAUCCAGUAGAUGGGUGUGACGAGUUUUUGUAUAAGAGGGGGUACCUAAGCGUCGGUCUUUCUCGUUUUAUUCCAUCUCCCUUAUAUUAUUUUCUUACCCUCGUCUUUGACGGCGAGAUUAUAGUAGCCAUCCAUCGCGGGGCACACUCAUGUGUGACAGCGAUCGGGACCAGGGCGGACCAGGUCCUACCCUACUAAUGCGUGUCGUAAGUCUAUGUUGUCUCCCAUCCAGUCUAAAGCAACAUCUGUGUAGUUCGUUUGGGGUAAUUUUUGUGAUUACUGGAACAUAUGAACGACAGCUGCUACCAGGGCGGUGGAGGCCGUGGACAUAUUAUUUCAUACCUUUCGGAAGUGAUCUGAUGACAAAAAGAGGCUAGGGUAGCAAGCGCCUUUAGUAAUUAUUUGAGCUCACGAGUCGCUGGUGUGGUGUGACAGCUGAUUUGGAAACAAGACAAAAGCAGGCAGUGGAAAGCAAAAUGACAGUUUCGACAGUUUUGUCCUUUUUUAUCUAGAGACGUUCAUCUCCAGACCAUAGAAAUGAGAAAUGAACGGAAAUUUGAGAUUCGUAGAGCACAUAAGCACGGUCUAUUGCGUGCAGUAGAAUAGGGAGUCAUAUGGUUCCAAAAAACCUACUUGCAUUUAUAUGAGAGUGUCCUUUUCCAUCUUCUGUAAUGAUGAUCAUUUUGCACGUCACGAUGAAUAAGCUGAACCUGAGGUAAUAACGGAACUCCCGAAAAAUUCGAAUGUUUCUAAGGCGGGCUCCAGAUACUCAUAACUAUGUAAGAUUUCACGUGGGAAAUUCGACGGAAGCAAAGUAUCGAUGUCUGCUUUAUAACGUUCUCAGCCGCUAAAAAAACGCUAUUAUCUAAGAGCCUUUUUGGAUCUCAACAGACUCUUGGGUUAACUUGAUCAAAUGUAUAAGGGAAUUCUAAAAAAUUAUUUUUUUCCCCUUUUAAAUGAUAAACGGUCCUUUUCAAAUUCUAUGUUAUGGAAAGAGAGGAAUUCUUCAUAAUAGGGUUUUUGAAUGUUAUCCUUCUAAAAAAGCUAGUACUAUUAUUUGUCUGCUAUAUUAUUGGCUAAUGUUUUUGCUUUAGUCGGGGAAAUACAGGGUAACCUAUAUCUAGUGCUGCAUCCCAUAAUCAGUUGGACUUCUCCUCAUGGGGAUGUGUAAACUCAUUAAAUUUUUUAGGAUAAUUGUGUAAAACACGACUUAAAAUCGUGCAAAAAAUGAAAGAAGCAAAGUUCUUUAAAUACUUGGUUUCUGAUCGAGAUGAAAAGAUAGAAACAUGUUUUUUUUUCGAAUGCAGUGUUUCAUGAGAAAGUGCUCACAAGAGACACAGACAAUGUCCUUUCUUGCUUAUUGGCAGUUGCCAGUCAACCGAAGUCUGGACUUACACCGAAUGAACAUGAGCUCGCUAGUUAUUGGACGUUAAUCAAACGCUGUGGUAUCAAACUUUUGUGGGCCGGAUUUUCCAAAAAAGAAGCAGAAUGGGUAAAACGUUCGUACCGAUUGCAAAGCACAUUCUGAUGCAUGCGUCUCAAAACUCAGCAAAAAAUAUAUGCUGCGCAAUUUCGUAUAUUUGCGAAGAUAGUUCUUUGGGUGACCAUAAAUAUUGCCAAUGAGGUCCUGACAUCCUUGAAUUUAUUAACGCAAUUGUUUUGUUUCACAACAGCUUGCACUGUACAGUCCAGUGAUAUUAGAACUUCUACAUUUGACAAUGAGGGCGCAGCAGGCGAUAGGCAACUCAGAAUGGAUGCAACUACCCUAGUUUUAGCGACUCUUUGGUUCCUGUAGUUGGUGACGUGUUCGGAUAUUUCGAAAUAUGAAGAAACAUUGGAAACCAUUCCACGGAAAUUGGCUUGUCAAUUUCGUUAGGUAUAUGUUUGUCUGCCUCCCAGUUACGGCUUUAUGUUUUGUCCAUCUGAUAGUUAGUUAUACCUCAGUUACCCUUUUAGCAAGUUGAUGACCACUGUUGGAACCUGUGCUGUGUUAGUAGUCAUUGUAAGCAAUAUUUUUGCAACUUGGUAAUUCAUAGAUGCUUUGGCAGAUUCAGAAUAAAUCGUACUGACCCAAUUGGGAAAAACUCGGCGCCUUGAUGGGAUUCGAACCAACGUAGUAAGGGGAAGGCUUAAGUACCAGCCAACGCUCUAGCCACUUGAGCUACAAGUCUCCGCCAAAAUAUCUAUGAAUCACGUGAGCCUGUUAGUUAUCUGGUGGAUUCUAAUUGAAUUACUUAGGAAAUCCUGCCAGGGCAGUCAAAUUACUGUAUCAGCUUUGGUGGAUUCCAGACGUUGCAGUAGGUUGGGCGGGUAACUUGACCCAAAUGUGAUUAAACUCGCGUCGUCCGGCGAGGCCUCGUAGCUAAAGUGGUUAGAGCGUUGGCUGUACUAAAGCCUUCCCCUUGCUGCGCGGGUUCGAAUCCCACCAAAGCGCCGAGUUUUUCAUAGUUGGGUCAAUAUGAACCUAACAAUUGAUCUUUUGCGCGACGGGAACACCCAUGAUGGACAAGGUCUCUGGCUCUGGUUAUUAAGUAUUAAUUUAGAUGAUAUUAAACAAAUCACCACAGGUUUUCAACGCACGUUCUUCUGUUAAAUGAAUUGUUUGUCUAAAUACUAGCGCCGUUAUGCAGAUUCUUCAUGUUUGAAAGUUUACGAUCUCAUGUUUGUUAGGAGAUCGAAAAAUAGGAUUUCAUCAGGGCUCACUUAAUGCACACGAAAGGUGAGCAGCCGAACAUGAAAAACUGUCUUAAGCAUUUUCUUUGGAAGUCGGCGAAACGUUUAAAGGCCAGUAUUAUUAGUUUUACGAAUUAGGUUAAUGAAAAUCCCCGGCCACUUCUUCACAUGGCCGUUUUUAAGCAAGAAUCCCCGCUGAACAACGCGCUUCGAGAGCGAAAGUCAACGUAAUUGAUUUUGCACAAUCUCGGAUCAUUCGUCGGCCGUCCUGAAGUACUGUGUGUCUCGCCGUCUCUGUGUUGACCGGAGGUUUGUAUGAAACACACUUUGGCAGCAUAUUGUUAUCGAGACAAUGUGUAGAAAUCGAAUCUGCGCAUAUUUAGACGACUCUCGACUCCUUCGACACCUUGGUAUUAACUGUGAUUCCAGAGUAAGCCCGGUGAUUUAGUACUCCAUUAUCGUUUUCUAAGCUGCAGAAAAUAUGCAUUAGACACUGCGUUAUGAAUCUUGUUGCAUUUGGGCUUUAAUUUGACCAACUAAUUGUAUAAGAAGAUUGAAUUUUUUAACUUCCUAACCUGUAUAUGUUUAUACAUUAUUAUUAAUCCGUUUGCUUGUAGUGUUUAAUAAACCCUCAUAUUUAUAAUAACGGUUAGGAUACAUGUGAGUUAACUUGUAGAAUCGUAUUAACCAGGAUCUUUUCGUUUACUCAGAACACAUAAAUGCAAGGCCGUUAAUUUACUCAUGCGUUAUAUGCCAAAUGCAACACUUCAAACAUAUUUAGAGAACUGCUCACAUGAAAUUCAAAUUUUUGCUGCUUCUUAAUGAGACCUUGAUCCUGACAUUAAUAAUUCGAAAGUUACCCGGCCUGUUUAGAUGGAUGCUUAAUAUUGCAAUGUUUUGAAAUUUCAUUUCGGAGGACUUCCUGUAUUUUCUGAAAGGUCCUCAAAACAUAUGUUUCGGUCGAAAAAUGAACAAAAGCGUAUGUUAGGAUUCCUGAGGGAUUUUGCCGGAUAAAAGUUUGUUUCACAGAUUUCAAGAUAAUAAACAGUCGAGAAAGAAUGAAUUUAUUACUUUUAAAGAGCUAUUCCAAAACUAUAUAUAAAUGCGCAGCCUGGUAACGGGAAGUAUGCAACGGUUUUUUUAACAACACGAGUGUUCUUCUGUGAAAUAAAAAGUGUAUUUCGGACUGGUAGAAGAACUUUGGAUAUUUGAUUCUUCCCAUGGAUGUUUUUGUCUUCGGCUCCAAAGCGCAUGCAAAUAUUUGGCUAAGGCCUUAUUUGAUUUUAACUGCCAAAUGCUCAAGGUUCAUCAUCAAGAACCAAUGCAGUCUGUAUACACGAAGCAUCGUUUUACGCAACAUCUAAGGCCCGGAGGACACUUCGCCAGUUUUCCUCCAAUUCAAGAUACAGAUGCCAAAGUUUAGUGCACCAAUCUCCUCUCAAUGUUUCCAUUGAGAUUUCUAACACUGCUUUCAGUUUUAUGGUAGAUAAAUUAAAACCACCAACUUGGAAGUAGUCUUCGGGACACUUGCUGUUCUUUGAACUCAAGUCGUAACAUAGGUUUCCAAGCCCAUCAAACACUUUGUGUCAAGCCCAUCCAAUGCAAUUAACUGAAAGCAUUACUGAAAACUGUGAGAGCAAGGUGUAAGCUUUUGCAUUUGCGUUACACAGCCUGUAAAAUGUCGAUUAACCGUGCUUUUGCGUUUCCGACCGGCGCCUGCGCCGGAGUGAGAUAACAUAACUUUUUAAUUUGUGUCAAAUUAUUUACUUGAUUCUUUGGUAGCUGGGCCUUUAGAUCGUACCUCUGAACCACAUUUUGAAUGUCCUUUAGAAACCGAGUUUGUACUAUGCCAGUAUAAUUUUAGCAGACGCUCCUCAUAAUAUGGGUUUCCUAAACAAUCCGAGUCCUCUUCUGAUCAUAUGCAUAACUAAAACGAUCCUAGACAUUUGAGGCGGAGUUCAUGGAAAAUGUCUGAGUAACAUUUGCAAAAACUAAUAACGAAUUUGUUUGCGGCGGUCACCUUUAACCCGUAACAUAGGCUGCAAACCAAAAAGUGGCAACAUUUAAACUCUUACAAGCAACGCUAAAACGACUGUUUGGCGGACGUUAAUAUUUUACGAACGUCUGUACGAGCAAGUCUCAUGUGCGAUCAAUAUAUUGUUAUUGUGUGGAUGAUUUGGAAAGUAGGUAAAGUUUGGAGUAGACCGGUGUAUAAUGCAUAUUUUGCAUGUCUUGACGAACUUCACGAAUCAGUUGUAUGAAUAGUUUUGAGCACUUUCCCUGUGUUUUUACUACUUGCAAAAUAACCCGUCGUGUACAAUGACCAAAAGAUUCCGUCCUUCAGGUAAAUGCCUAUGAUUUAAGCCAGAGGGGAUAAACAUCAUCGUUUUUCUAACUACUCGAAACCGACAUGACACAUUGCUGUGGCUGUGAAUAUAUGCCGAUCUUACCAAUAAAGAAUCCACUGCAGUUCAUAAAUAUGAAUGCUCCUCUUACGCAAAUCAGACUAAAUUCUAUGCUUGUGCCCGGUAGAGCAAUUCUAAGAUUCCCCUAAAAGAAGACAACGAGGUAAUUCAGAAGGCAUUUCAGUCCGAUAAUAUUUUUAAAGAACACAAUUUCUGUGUAAGAAACUAAAUGAAAUUCCGAAAAAUACUGCAUCCUAGAAUAUAUAAAUAUAUAACAUCCUUGGAUAAGAUGAGUCAUUUAUACUAAAUGAAGCGUCCCCUACCAUUGUAUAUUCCUGAUCGAAAACCGACAGGGCAACGGGCUCGUGGCGCAGUGGUUAGAGGCGUGGACUUCUAACUAACAGGUCGCGAGUUCGAGGCUCGGGUGUUCCACAUUUCGGGCUUGGGUAUGAAUGGCUGGCGACGGCCAAUAAGCUAGAAAUGGCUAGUCCAGUCACCCUUAUCUUUGUCGGUAAUACCAUUCUGCCUAAAUGAAGUUUUUUCUAAAAUAGUUAUGACUUUAGUUAAACUAAAUGAACAGUGUGGUGUCUGCAGUAUCAUAGAAUUUCCAACUAUUCUUUAAGUUGUGUGGCUAGUCGAAUAACCAAAAAACCGAAAUUUAACACGGGCCUGCAGCAACCUGUAGAAAAUGCCAGGCUUAAUAAAGAUAGAAGGAUUGGAAAGUUUACCACUACAAAAUUGACUGGCUUGACACAGAUGUUUGAAAGGCCGAUGGCCUAGUUGCUUUUACAGUAUGUGGGCUAACUCAUGAAAUGCCAGCCAAAAUUCCGGAAAUGCGUUUUCGUUUCAAAAAGAUUAGUUAAGCAGGGUUGUAAAACCAAUCAUCAUGCAGCAUCAUUCUAUAAUAAUUCACUUACACUAAGAUGACGGCUGUCGAACAGACCGCUGUCCGGCCGCGUGCACAAACUAAACUCUGUAAAAAGUGAGUGCUUAAGUAAUAUGCAUUUUUCUCAGUGAUUUUCGAUGCCUUUAAAAAAUCGAUUAUAUUUUAUUGGAAACAUGCAUAAAAUAAUUUAUUCUUCUGCACAUACGGUAGACAAUUACGUUUUUUUCCAAUUUUAUACUCAAAGCAGGGAUAAAAUUUGGUUUUAACAGUUUCUAAUUGUGAGAUUUUUAAUUCCGUGAAAUGGCCGUUCAUAGAACUCAAGUCUCUGCAUUUACCAGUGUGGUUUGUAAAGUUAACAAUGUGGCUCAAAUCCACUUCCGGAUUUUGUGAACUCCAUAUGGUCUCCUCUUAAUACCGUGGAGAAAUUUCUGGUUUUCCGCACGCGGAAAAUAUGCGGCCUGUAGGUUGGAGACUCUAACUGCAAGUGUAACUGCAGGUCGGGUUCAAAAUUGUUCGGGAAUUAGAAAAGUUCUUGAAAACCAAAUUAUAUCCAUCCUUCAAGUAUAAAAUUGGAAGAAGACGUAAUUUCCUACCGAAUGAGCGAAGAAUGAAUACUUUCACGCAUGUUUUCCGUAAAAUAUAAUUGAACUUUCAAGGGCAUCGAAAAUCUAUGAGAAAAAUCCAUGCUACUUGAGUAAUCGUUGUUUACAACGCAUAGCUUUUGAAUGCAGCCGUAUAGAAGUUCGAUCGAAAGCCGGUAUCCUGAGGUAAUCGAAUUAUUAUAGAAUUAUGCUGCGGGGCGAUUAGUUCUACACCCCUUAUUAAUUAAUCUUUUUGGAACAAAAACGCAUUUUGAAAUUGCGGCUGACAUUUAAUGAGUUAGCCCACCUACUGUAGUACUGUGUUGCAUUACCAAGUAUAUUUGGCUGUUUUUCUGUUAUAAAAUCGAAAUAAUACGACAUUUAUCAUGCAAGGGAAUUGGCUACUUAUGUAUGCUUCUCCUAGAUUCCGAUGUUCGGUAGGUAAUAAUAUACUUUUGCAUAAUUAGAUCCAUGUUUACCAGUUAAAAGGACUUUCUGGGUGUAAUUCCUAAAAGCAGACGUUAUUUUAAAUAUAGACGAUACUAGAUAAAAUUGCCUCGGGCACUUUUUAAGCGAAGCAAAAGACAAAAACUAUUUAAAAUUGGUAACGGAUCAAAUUUGGCCAGGUAAGGGAAUCUCAUAGCUCAGCCCGUACCCUAAACUAUUUUGUGAACACCUUGCUGUAAGUAGACUAGAAUGCAUUCAUGCAAUGGAAAAUUUCCUUUCCACUUUCCGUCACACGAGUUGAGGUCUGCGUGAUCAAAUUUGCUUGAAAUGGAACAGCUGAUUAAGCAACGGAGAAAACGCCGUAAUUGCAAGCGUUCAGUCUAUUUAAAAUGCAGCUAAAAUGCUUUUCUCCCAGGUUCGGCCCACUUAAUAAAGUAGUUUUCAUAAUUAGAAUUUACACAGUUCAUUUUUUUGAGAACCGUCUAUUUAUUGUCAUUUAGACAAAAUAAUAGAGUAACCUCUCGAAAGCAUCUGUUUACCGCGUUUUUAUUGAUAUAUACUUCAUACAAAAUAUUGGUUUGAAUUAGCAAUCCUCUUUAAAAAUUUAACUGAAACUACCGCCUACAUCUACUUUAAUAACUGUUCUAGGUUUUGGAGAAUAAAAUGAAAUACUUUUAGGCAUAUUUGGCAUUUUGUUGUGUUUUUGAGAUAAGCCUUUCGUACAAAUAGAAGGUCAGAUAUUGUUGCUGUGACACGACUGUUGGGUAUGUGACAUAGUCUAAAUAUGUCCAAAAGCACAGGCAAAUAAAACGUGUCAAAAUUUUACAAUUUCACGCACUAUUCCCUUGUGUUUACAAAAUAUUUUUGAAACCAAACGAUCAUGCAAACAUUAAAUAGAGAGAUGGAGGAAAAUUACGAAAACAUCACUUUAUUUUGAUGCGCAUAAGGGCUCUAUAAGGCGUUCGGGGUAAAAGACGACCAAAAUAACACCAUUUGCGGACACGCGCCUUUCUAGUGUUUCACAAUUUCUGUCACGUGCGUCUCAGAUCAAAGUCACGUCCAACGAAUCUGAUAGCAAGGGCGCAACGCUAGGUAUUCUCCGUUCAGUUCGAUAUGCUAACUCAUGGAUGUGUUGUCGCGCAUUCGGUCCUCAAUUGACACUGAUUCAUGUAAGUUAUAUAUCCCUACCAUUAUUUCUGUGUCGCUGAUGUUGAAUUCAUCUGUUUCUCAACUGCAAGCAGUUAACUGAGGCAGUGACUCUUCUUUCUACAUACUUAUCUCUUGCUAGGACAUUGAUGAUUUUAGCCUUCCGGCGGGCAGAUCUGCUCACAUUCAUAGGAUACCUGCGCCGUAUGAUCCGAGAAAGACAUCAGAUUUUCAGAUGCCUGUAGUCGGUCGCUGAUGCACGUAUCUCUUUUGCCAACAGAAAAAUUUGCAUGAUGAACGUACCCAAGCCAGACCUUUCAACGGUUCGUUUUAAUACAAGGCUUAGAAUGCUGUAGCUGUGAUACACCUUUUUGACCUUCGAGCUUCAGUAUAGAGACAUUGGCCUAUGCAUAGCUUCCGCUGCACCGUUGUUCUUGUUCCAGCGCUUGCACCUCCAGGUCAGUAGUGCUCCUGGUCCUGUGGAAUUGAACAUAAAUUAGCAUUCUUAGCCAGCUGAUGAUCUAAAUACUAUCUCCUACUGGGCUUCUGACAACCUUACAUUUCCAAGCCGAUUGUGCUACAUAGCCUUUUAAUCACAAUAGCAACGCGGAGAGGUUAGUUAUGUUCGUUUUUUCCUUUCGUCUGAAUUAAUUGCCCUAGAUGUUUGUCUUUACGCGAGAAAUUAGUUGCAUGCUUUUCUUUACCAUGACAAACACUCCUUCGCGUUUGGACAUGGCGCGCGGAUUAACAGCGAAUAACAGUACCGUUAUUAUUUGUUUUAAGAUUAGUUAUGCAUACUUUCAGGUACGCUGAUGCACUUGACUGUUCAGGAGCCUGAAUAAUCCCACGUAUGAUAAAUCGAAAUCAAUCAUUUUUACUAUGUAAUGGGAUGCUCCUAAGAUUUGACCACGCUCAUUACCUACCAUGAGCUAUUUAGUGCCGUCAGAUGCAACCAUGGAAGCAGUUUUAAUUUGCGAAUAGCAAGAAAAAACACAUCGGUCUCUGGCGAUGCUUUCAACAGUGAUCGGAAAAUUCUUCCCAAGUUUAAGUGCUUUUCUUCACAGUUAAUACCUGGAACUCAUCUUUCGCAUGCAUCAGUGUUUACUAAAUGUUUUUCCGAAGACGAUAAAGGAUGGUAAAAUGGCUAAUUCUGGCACAGCUUUGUUAUGGUCAGCCAGUAAAUCAUGGGCGAAAGCAUGGAUCAUGGAUCAUGCGAAUCAGCCUACAUGUUUUGCUCCUACACCAAAACUUUAGAUUUACCGAAAACAUUACGACGAUAACUGCCGGUUUGACUAUUUUUCAGGCGUUUUUAACAUCUUAAAACUCUAAUAAGAUGAUUACAGAUGGUUUUGAUGGUAUCUUAUUCUACCUUAUGCGGCAUAUUUAGCAUUUUUUGCUUUAGGUAAUAUAGAGGCCUUAUUUUCUCUGGCACUUCUAAUGAUUCCCUCUAAUGUUCUCGCAUUACAAUGUUUGACUUAUUUUGGAAAUGUUUCUUGUAUAAUUUUGCUUUUAAAAGAGUCCAAGGAAUCUCUUAAUGCCACUAUAAAACAUGGAAAUGAUAUUUUAGAUACAUUACCGCGUUUUAUCAAUGUCAGUCAUUUUUCCCUGCACCUUUAGUCUCGGAAGACAACGUUGAGCGCUUCGUCACCAUUGAAGUUGAUGGUUGGAACAGGAGUCUCAUACUUAUUGACAAUGUGCGCGAAGAUGCCCAUACGGAAACUCCAACCCCUCAUACAGCUACUGUUGUAAAUACUCGCCUCUCUACCGGGCCCUUAUCAUCCGUCUCGCGAGAAUUUCUCGAAAAUGAACUUGCUGGUCUCCAACGCCAACGUGCCCAUUCAGCACAUUUGCCUGUUUCUCAACCUGCCGACUGGAGACCGAGAGAUUCUGUCCCUCUGAUAUCUAAUUACUCCGCCAUCGAGGUAAUUUUUAGUGACAACUUUGGUCUUAUCAAUAAUCGCACAGCAUUUGGCGUAUCUCAUUAGCUGUUAACCGGAAUUAUGAAAUGCGUUUUCGACUAGGAAGUAUUACUUGCUAAGAUUGAAAAGACUGAUCACCGUGCAGCAUAAUCCUCAGAUAUUUUAGCCACAUGAAAUUGCCGUUUUAUAUACGCACUUUUUCUCUUCCGCUCUCAAAAGUGCGUCCAGUAUAAAAUGACCAUUUCUUCAAUAUGGAAUUUGCUCAUUGAUAAGCGACGAUCUAAUAAAUUCAACUAUCUUUUGCAAAAAACGUAAUCAAAAAUACCCUCUGUUGCACUCAGUACAUGGGAAUUUGCAUUUCCAAAUUUUAUACUUAAAGGAGUGCCCUUCCGUUUAAAAACAUUUGCAAUAAAGAGAGUUAUUGAGAUCAUGGAAUAUCCUUUCGUAUAGCUUCUUACCUGUCCGCUUAUCAAGGCUGUUCAUGAAGUGUCGAACAGCAUUCACAUCGACCGUAAAACUUUGUAAAUAUUUUCUUAAAGCAUUAAAAUAGAACAUGUAAGUUGUCGCCAAACAAGUAGAGAAAAAACAUUUUCUGAAAAAUGUGUUUGAAUUCAUAACAAUAUCGAAAGUUAGUGAGAAAAAACUUACUGUAUAAGUAGUCCUUUUUUCUACUAACUGUGGCUCUUGUGAGCAGCCAUAGAGAAGCUUGGUCAAAAUCCAGCAUCCUGACAUGAAUUAAAUGCCUUGGGUUUAUACUUUAUGAUAGUCAAUAUUACAACCCAGCCCAAACAAUUCUUGCUUACGAAAAAGCAUUUUAUGAAUAAGGUCAAAAGUUGUUCGCGGUGGAGUUGCAAAUACUUAGAGAGGACAAUCCAGUUUGUUAAAAAAAACUGAAGGAUAUGAGCAAGUUUUCUGGCUUUGACAGGUGUUUUUGUCCACACAAAUGUGCAGCCCAGAGUUGUAAACGUCAGGAACAAUCUUGAGGUAUGCUGCAAGCAAAAAAACGGUAAGACCGGUUAUAGUCCUAAAAUGUGCUUAAAAUUUAUAAUUACUAUUUUUAAACCACCCCAACCAAAACCUUAAAAUACGUGAAUCGUUGAUUCAUUCGUUGGAUUCAUUACAACUACCGUAUCCAGGUAAAAAAUUGAAUUCGAUUAGAACAGCUUUCUGCUCUAGAAACUUAAAUGGAAAAACAGUUUCUUGUUUAGAAAAUUCACCAGAAGUUCUUUUUUUCUUCUUUUGGCAUUUUAAACAAACGUUGUCGGCAAAAUUGUGCUGGCGUUUUUAAAUUAAUUAAAAGCUUCUUAAGUGUUCGAUGGUUCAUGUAUGCUUGAAUAUAUUAGUAGAACUAUGCGGCUGCUGGUUGGGCUCGAGAGGGAACCCUAAAGCACAACUGAUUGAGUGAGUUCCGUAAAAUCGAUCGGCGGGUGCCACUUUACCAUUGUAUAUUCUCGAUCGUAAUCAACAGGACAACGAGCCCGUGGCUUAGUGGAUAGGAGCGGUAGGCUUUUAACCAACAGGUCGCAGGAUUGAGUCUCAGGUGUUCCACACUUUGAAGUUUGGUGCGGCUGGCAGAUGACAGCUAAUAAGCCGGAAAUCGCCAUCCUGGUCUCCUCUGCCCUUGCCGGUAAUGCUACUUUAGCUAUACAUGUAUUUACACUUCAGCUUUUGUCAUAGGGGACUAUUCUCCUGAGAACGCUUUAGCCCUUUAAGCGUGCCCGGUAUUUUCGACAAAAUUCGAUUAUUCGCAAUGUAAAACAAUGCUACUUUUUAAUACCUGUAGGUUGAAAUGCCGAUAAUUGAUGCCGACGUCUACAUUAUUGUCUAUGCCGUGGAUGACGACAACUCAUUCAGAAUAGCAAAAAACUUGGCCCAGAAGUUGAAUUUGUCCAACAGGAAUAACAAGUCGCGCUUACUCUACCUAGUUGGCAACAAGACAGAUUUGGUACGGAAACGACAAGUAUCGACACAACGUGGGUUUGGCUAUCUUGGUUUUUACUAAUUCAUCCAUUUUUCUGUUUGGUUUUUAUUUUAGUUUAGAGAUUUUGUGCACACAUGGAUCGUUAGUUAAGUGAGUCCAAAAUAUUCGAAGUUUUAUUUUACUCGAUAGGUCAGGGUUAUAACUCUCAAACAAACGAAAUAAAUCAGGGCACCCGACGGAAAGGGAACGUUCCUUGAUUGCAGGAAUUUUCCAUUUCUGUUCUACUUCUUUUAAAAAUAAUGCGGUUAGACAUUACUGCGAUAGCUAUUAUCGUACAGCCCAAUACUAACUACUACCAGGUCAUUUUGCCCACUGUUAAAGCACAAUAAUGCGAGCCUAAUGUUCAUUAUAAUUGACCAAUUAUCAAGUUAAAACUGACGAGUUUGUAUUUAACUUUUCCCUUCCAAACUUAUAAAGUAUUUGACAUAUUGUCAAAACAUGCCCAAAUAAUUUAAGGCAAAGUAUAGUUGGGUCUUUUUAAACUUUGCCACAAAUAACAGAGGGUCCCGAAGGCACUUUACUUGGACCGGAGUGUUUUUUGAAACAACUAAGUAUGUUUUAUUUGACGUCCUUAACCUCACGUUUAAAAUUCCCAAGAUGUCACAUUUGGGGGCCGCCUGCAUAUUUUCAAUAUAAAGGGGGUCUUUUGGCCUUUUUGAGUAAAUAAGCGGCUAAAAAUUUAAAGCGAUAUUUUGAAGAGGAUGACGCCUCUAUUCUUUCCUCUUAUCAGUCAAAAUAUAACCAAUUACUGCCUUAUGGAGUUAACCAACGUGCUCUCGUAAAAAAGUCUUUUAAAAGACACUUUUAGUCCAGCUGAUGGUUGGCAAAGAAUGGCAUAUGUUUUAAAACAAAACGUCAUGAAUACACCAACGGGAUUUCCAUUUAAGUGGACAGUCGUCCGUUUUGUUUUCCGUUUGAACAGUAAUCAAGUUUUAUGGCUUUCUAAAGAUAGAAAGAUAAUGUUAAGUCACGCAAAGAUUUGAUGCUUUAAGACAAAGCGAGCUUUGGACUAAGUGAACAGUAGCGAAGACGACAAUUAAGCUUCUUUCUGAACGAACUUUGUACUUUUUGACUUUUUUCUGCAACUGAGGUACCAAGACCAAGCAUUAAAACUGUAGAAGUUAAGGAGUCCACAUUUGCAAUCAAUAUUUUAUCAUCAGAAGUCUCGAGUAUGAAAGGAACCUAUUCAACUUAGUUGAGGAGGCAAACUCCCCUGAACCUCUUGCAAGUUUUGAAAAGGUUAAAUUCAAUUAACCUGUCCUCCUACUGCAAGUUAGCAUGUAGGUCAAAAAGUUUAUAUAAGCAAAAUCCUAAAUAUUCUUUGAAGAGAUAAGACUACGAAAGGAUCAAUCAGGAAUGUAAUAUUGGAUCGAUACGUUCUCAAACGCUAGCCUACUAUCUGGUCGGUUUUUUAGCCAGUAACUAGUUUUUUUGUUACGGCCAACGAUAGGUCCAUUAAAUUGGGUUGACCAAUCGGAAAUUUACCUACUCAGGAAACUUCGCUGUUACAAACCAGCUCAACAAUCCCAUUAAGUUUGUUCAAACGGGAUUCUUCUAGUUCCUGCAGCUUGUUGCGGUCCGUUUAUUAUGUAUAUAAGGAGUGAAUUUUUUUGUCUUACGAUGUGCAAACAUUUACAAUAGUAUUUCAAGAAAGCAUGCAGCAACAUGUGGUUGUGUAGCCGCACCGGAUAGACACAAUACUGUUGACCUAAUUUAUUAUUUUGAGUUGGUGUGGUCACGUUGGCAUGGUGCUCCUGUGCGUUGCGGUGUGUGUUCUGUUGACGGCCUUGUUUCUAUGUCGACAUGUCCACCAUUUUUGGCCCAAUACCGGUGAUCCUUCUUGACUUUCGGCCUGUCGUCUCCUUCUAUGUUUCGCGUUGGAUAUUUCAAGGUUGGGUUUUGGGCUGCAGUUAAGGGCUAUAUUUGGGGUUAGGGUCAGAGUUAGGGUUGGGGUUGGGGUUAAAGGCAAGGGUUAGAGGUCAGGGUUAGGGGUCAGGGCUAGGGUUUAGUGCUAGGGGUUAGGGUCAGGGAUUAAGGUUUGGGGUGACAGUAACUAUUUUUCAACCACUCAAAUUAUAACCGCGCAUUCCUUAUAGCUUUUCUUUCGCAUACAAUUACUUGACCUCGUCGCCUGUGUGUUCCCCGGCCCCAUCAGUAAAAACCCCUAUUACCACCGGUCGUGUAUCACAGGUGGCUGGGGCUUGUUUAUCUCAGGUGCGGUUCCAUAACCACAUCUGAACAGCAUGCUUUUUAUGAGCUUUGAGGCGUUUCUAAAAAAGGAAACAGCGGCCACCUAAAGAUAUACAUUUACUAUAAACUAUCAAGACCAGAUAAGCGAUGCCAGAAGAAACAGUCUCUUCAAACACUAAAAUGCGCAAGAAACUUUGCGCUAAAUAUAAUCGAAAAUCCGAAUUAAAUGUGGAGUUAUUUAUUCCUUGUGAAUGGCCUUUUUCAAUUUACUAAAUUGUAGUCCAGCAAAAGUCCCACGCCUCGAUUUAUGAAUAAACCAACGGGUAGCACAUAGGUAGCGCAAUUACACUUAAUUUGCACCUUCUGGUUACGAUAAACGACUUAACUCAUGAAAUGUAUGCGUAAUCACGGUAAAAUCUCAAUUUCACUGGAAACUGGCCAAAAUUCAUUGAUCAAAUAAACGACCUCCAGGCGAAUUAACAAAUUAAAGAUUUAUUGAAAAGAAGAUUAAUUCGGUAAGAAUUGGCAGUUUUCUUGAAAAAAGUAAAGUGACGCCAAGAGCUGAAACACCCGCUAAGCCAACUUCUUUGAAUUUAACAUAACCUGUCUAUUAAAAAGUGGGCGAUUAAAAUACUUUUUGGUCGAAAUUACUGACGUUUGCCAAAAGAUUUUUGCGUUCCAGUCUAAAUAUCAUUCACUGAUUAGCGCAGAAUAAGUAUGGAAGGCAGUGACAUUUUCAGUGCUCGACUAUGUGUUCUAGAGUGGUCUUAUGGGAAUUCCGCGUAAUUUUGCUGCCGUCGUUUCGUUUGUAGUGCUAUUUACAAGACGAUUCCGCUUAGUUUUGCGGAUUUGGGUAUAAUUGGAAAAAAGACUUCACAAGACAUUUGCCGGGUUGUCGGGCAGGGAUUGAGAAUUCUGAAUACAAUUAUUAGAUGUAAUCAUGAGCGCACCGCCGUUUACAUAUCAAGAGCAAUUUAUCCACAAUAACACUGUAAGAGCUUUGACCACUGUUAAGUUCGCUGAUUUGCAUGGCAUCCUUGAAAUAUCAGUAAAUAACCUGCGGUUCUUGGUGUUUCCAAACAAUCGCACAAAAAUAGGUCUUAUGGGUGGUUUCCAAUAAAACCUGAAAUCAAAAAUCAGUUUUUGAAAGUUUUUAAGUAUGCCAUGUGUUUUCGGGCGAUUUCUUACAUAGUUUCCAGUUUGUGUCACGAUUGCAGGCUCGCACCAACAUAACACUUAAUCGCGAACCAAGCUAACGUCUACAGCAAAGGCUCGCAGUGGGCAUGUCCAUGGUUACUUGGAAAACCUUCUUUAAUAACUUAUCUCGCAGAAUGUUCUUAGCUGCGACAAUUUCGUAAUAAAUGUCCGUGAUUUUCAUAUUUGUCAGGGCAAAAUCAGCAUACAUUUGUGUAUUUUGCUCUUUUAUUCACGCCUUCUACAGAUAUUGAUAGUUAUAGACGAAAAAUCUCUUCUGCCCUUCAUACCGGGGAAAAUCUUGCUAUUUCGCUUACUUUUGGUAUUCGUUUUUUAAGUAGAAAUAUCGUGCAGCGAGGUCAUAUAAAUAGUAAAAUAGUUCUCAAACGAACACCUUAGUUAUUAGCGGAAAAGCUGCAGAGAUAUAUUAAGAUUGUGGUCAAACCCUAAAAUCGCUGUUUUUUAUUGGAGUAUUCUAUUGUUGCUUAUGGAAUAUUAACAUGCGUAUGGAAGUUGAAAAGGCAUCACAAUUAAAAUGGCCUGUUAGCGUUACUGAAGGAGAUCUUGCCAUAAAAUUAGAUGCGUGUAAAAGUCAGAAUUUUCAGAAAUAAAAACGUUCGUGUAUUUCUGAAAAUAACGUGGCUACUCACAUCCUACCAGGUCUGAUUUUCUCAGAGUGAAAAAUUAAAUUUCAUUUGCAAAGAUUUUACCAAUUCCUUUCAUUUUGAUCAAUGCUCUCUGGUAAAAAAAACGCACUAAAUGCACUCAUUUGGUUUAGGGUAGUCAUCUUCAUAGCAAAUUGCCUAAACAUCGGUGAGCGUUGAGGUCCAUUAAGAGUCGUCAGUUUUUCCCAUGCCAAUGUAUUUAGAAACAAGUUCUACAUGUUAGACAAAUAAGUAAAAUAUAGAGCGUUUGAUAUUCCCUGAAAUUAUCAUCUAAAUUUUGAUAAUCAUGUUACAUGUGUUACGUAAUGGCCUGAAAUGUAGCGCUAAGGAGUUGGGCAAUGUUUUACUGGCUUUAGUGGGUGCUACAUGUUAACCCUUUCUUUCAUUCAGAAAAGUUGUAGGCAAAUAAUUCUUUAGUAGUUGGACAAGAUAGAACACAAUGAAUUUUGUGUAUCAUGCAGUUUAAUAUAAAUUUUUCUCUGUUAAGGCGGCAAAAGAUUUGCAGAAAAAAACAACUGUACAUUUUUUGAAGUUUCGACGGCAAUCAACCACCUAGUUGACGAGCUCUUGGUCGACAUUGUUGUUCAAUGGAAACAGGAAACUGCAAAUACUGAAUUCAGUCGGCUGGGCCUGGCCGUGCCUGUCCCAAAACCUUCUUCAGCCUCGAAGUCUGGACGAAGGAGCUGGGUUUCAACCCUCAGUGGGCCAAAAAAUACGUUGCAGCGUAUUUUCAAACAGCAGUUUACAGCCAAGUCCUGUAUUAAUUUACAGCAUAACACGUUUUCAUAA